AUGAAAGAUUAAAAUUACUCCACACUUAAUUAAAUACGGUUCAUUAAGACUCCUAAGUAAAUUAAGAAGACUGGCUACAUUUCGCAAGCUCACUCAGGAGCAGAGACAACCAAAUCUACUCAGUACUACUAGCAAUAACAAUGGUAUUAUUGGUGGGGGCAUUAUUCAUAAUAAUCAUCAUAAUAACUCCACUGGAAAUAAUAAUAGUCAUUCGUAGAGUAAAAGUUAAAACUAGAAUUAAAAGGACAACUUAAUAAUAAUGAUGGUGUCAUGUUUGAUCUCAACUGUCUCAGUUUCAGCAAUUAGUAAAAUUAGUCCACAAUGUACAAAAGUAGUUUUGCAAGAAAAAGCAACAAGGGACAUUAAAAUCACAACAAUAAAGCUGAUUGGUAAAAUAACAAAAUCAUUCAUCACUCAACUACAAGGAAGAACUAAUUAAGGCAGCAAUAGUAUUAGCAAUAGGAACAAUCGUUACUAGAGAGUUUGAAGUAAAGACAGAGUAUGAUAAAAAGAAUGUAAGAAAUGUCGAGAGACAGAAACAUAGUGCACAAGACUGCAGAUAAUGACAAUAAGUCUAUAUUACGCAAAAAGUCAAUUGAAAAGUCAGAAAUGUUUAAGGUAAUUAAGGAUCUUUUCAACAAUAGUAAUCUCUAGCCAAAAGCAUUCAGUGGUUCACCUUAAAAAAGCACCAAUUCCUCUCAGUCUUUAAUGCCAAACACUUAGAAGGAUAAUUAAUAACUUUAGAGAGUGCCUAUUUUCGAAAAUCAGAUACUUAAUGAGUAUACCUAGAAGCAGCAAGGCUAGUUUAAAUUCAGCAAUUUUGAUUCUACUAAUUUGUAAGAUUAUGACUGCUACAGUAAUAAAGAUCAAAGCCAAGAUAGGCCUAUUUAAAAGAAUAGCAGUGUCAACAAUAUUGAACCUCCUAAUAGAUAUAAAUUGAAGAUAAUGAUUAUGAAAAAACCACAAAUGAUCUUUACUCCUCCUUUGAAAUUUUCAAAAAAUAAUAAUAAUCACAACAGUAAUAAUGAUAAAAAUAAAUAGGAAACUACUUGCAACGAUGAUGAUGAAUUUCUUUAAGGGAAUUAUGACAUCAACUAAGAUUUGUUACAGUAUUUUAAACCUGAUAGAAAUUCUAAAACAAAAUAAAGUGACAGCCAGGCUAAAUUGAAGUAUGGACUUAAUAACACUAUGGUUCAGAGAAGGCCCUCAUCUAGAGGACACAUGUACAUGAAAAAAACAAAUGACAGCAGCGGGAAAAAUUAUUAUCAAGGCUAUUAAAAUAUGAAUAGCAGUUACAUGGAUGUGAUGGAUGUCACAGAGGUUAGGUAGAAGAGAGUAUUCAGCGCUUAAAGAUCACUUUAAGCGCCUGUAACUAGUAAUAACUUCACUAGCUAAUACGAAUAUAAAUUAAAUGUCGAAUAAUGA